AUGUCUCCAAGAGAGAAGCGGUUAAUAGCGCUGAUCUCUCUCGUGUUCUGUGCUAUCGCAAUAUUCUGUCUAAUUUUCUAUUAUAUUCCAACCUUUCUUUAUAUAGCUUUCAUUCUUGGAGUUUGUUCCGUUGCCUGUUGUUAUCACAGCGGAGAAUCACUCUACGUUACGUUAGGCCCACAUCCACGCCGUGGUCUCACGAUUCCACCCGUGCUUCGACGCUGGUUGCCAGGGAUUGCGAACGGAGUACCCACAGCGGGAAGAGUCAGAAGUCGCACCGUCAAGGGUGAUGUUAGGGAAUCGGUAGUAUUUACUGGCCAACGACGUUCCGAGAGCGCUAUUUAUCGGAAAGACGCGGGACACAGUGACUCAUUUCUGCUCAGUCCUCGGGAUAUACUCAUGGGAAGUUACAUUGGGAAGGCAGAAAGUCCUCCCUCAGUUGUGGGGAGGCCGCGAUUCGGUGCAAUUUCGGGUGCUAACCCCAACGCACGAGAACAACUACGCGAAAGAUUGGCGCGACCCAACCAGGCUGUUCAUACUCCAAACAGACGACUGUCAUUCGGGGGGUGAGUACUGAAAUAAUGUUUACUUAGCUAACGUUAGCAUAACAUUUCGCUGACCAGCUAACAGUGGCUAGUUAGCCUAACACCAUCAGCUAACGUAGCUAACUGGUUUGCAAGGGCCAAUGCAAUGUGCUAAAUUCUGAACAAAAUGUUUCGCUUGCGGAUCACGUUACACACAUGGUGCAGUUGUCAAACACGAUUUUAAACUUUUACAAUGUAGGUCAAGUUCUUAUCUUAGCUAGCUAGUUAUCAGUAAAUAGGAAAACAUAUGUGUUUUGAAAUAUAUUGAGAAGACUUGCUGCUUCGCCGCAACGCGACCUAGUAUUCCCUCCAAGAUUUGAAAAUGUGGGAGUUGCUAUCGGCUCCAUUCUGUGCAAGGCAGGGAGUGUAACUUCCCCCCCUCGGUUCCUGACCGAGACUAUACCGUACUUUGGAUGCCUGAAUGGCACGAGACAAGCGAUGUUGUUUUGAACAUGCAUUAACUAGCUACUACAGUAAUACACGUUUAAGCUGUAAUGAUCACUGCAGUUACAAUAACUUUUACUAUCAUUUUCUAAACAUUGGUAAGGUUAUGAAAGUCGAUAUGUAAACAAAUGGUUGGUCAGAGCUCAGACCCUUGACAGAGGAAAUUUCCCCUAUUUUGUUACUUUAAAGUCCUUGUUAUGUGGCAUAUAAAAUCAGUUUAGCAAUGAUCAAUGCCAGACAGUUUCUAGUAUAGAAUGCAAUGACCUAAUCCUGUGGUCAAUCUGUUGUGUACAGGGAGCCCCUUGGCAAUAUGGGCAGGUUCACCAUCACUCCCCAGCGCCACUACCCCCUCCAGCAGACUGGCACCACCUCUGUGGGCAUCCUGCCCCCGGCCCAGUGGGACAGCUUCAGAAAGAAGAAUAUUCUCACCCCUCGCAACUCCCCGGCAGUCCACAGUCCAGUCACAGUGAAGAUCGCUAGGCCAGAUCACAACACCACUCGAUCUCCGUUGUAAGUCAUAUUGUCCCUGUCUUGCCUCAUCUUAAGCUUUCUAUCAAACUUUUUGGAGAUCUGUUGGUGAUAAUGCAAGCAACUUGAUCUUAUACUUCUGUGAUCGCUCUGUGGCACAUUAUUUGAGUGUCUCUGUGAAGCUUGAAAACAUCCUUAGUUGUUGGAUGGCCCAACUGACGUUUGUUCUGUAAUUGCUGUUGUUGUGUCUGCAGAUUUGAUCAUUUGAACUCUCCAGGAGUCCUUGGCUCUCCAGGCCUUGCGGCCCCUGCAGACCCCUGCUCCAGGGAGACUGUUCUGAGCGUGCUCAAAGAGAGUCGCAAAAGAGAGGUGGACGAUGAAGAUGACAGGAGCUUCACUGCAGGGCAAAAGAGCAAAAGGAGGUAUGUGACUACCACAUGAUUAAAUGCUAUUGUAUGCAAUGUACAAUUGUUCUUCUCACACUUUAGUGUUUCUUGGUAUUGUGUGGCUCUUGAAGACUGUUUACAAUGUACACCUGCUCUUUGUUCACUUAGGCGCCAUGACAGCAGUGGGAGUGCUCACUCUGCAUUUGAGCCACUGCUGCCCAAUGGAGCUCCAUCACAGCUGGUGCCGAAGUGAGUAUGAGCAAUGCCUGUACAAAAAGUUGUCAAUUUCUGGUGUGGCCACAAGCUGCAUUAAGUACUGCAGUGCAUUUCCUCCUCAUGGACUGCACCAGAUUUGCCAGUUCUUGCUGUGAGAUGUUACCCCACUCUUCCACCAAGGCACCUGCAAGUUCCCAGACAUUUCUGGGGGGGAAUGGCCCUAGCCCUCACCCUCCGAUCCAACAGGUCCCAGACGUGCUCAAUGGGAUUGAGAUCUGGGCUCUUUGCUGGCAAUGGCAGAACACUGACAUUCCUGUCUUGCAGGAAAUCACGCACAGAAUGAGCAGUAUGGCUGGUGGCUAUGAGCCUGCAGGAAGGGUACCACAUGAGGGAGGAGGAUGUCUUCCCUGUAACGCACAGCGUUGAGAUUGCCUGCAAUGACAACAAGCUCAGUCCGAUGAUGCUGUGACACACCGCCCCAGACCAUGACGGACCCUCCACCUCCAAAUCGAUCCCGCUCCAGAGUACAGGCCUCUGUGUAACGCUCAUUCCUUCGACGAUAAACGCAAAUCCGAUCAACACCCCUGGUGAGACAAAACUGCGACUCGUCAGUGAAGAGCACUUUUUGCCAGUCCUGCCUGAUCCAGCGACGGUUGGUUUGUGCCCGUAGGCGACAUUGUUGCCAGUGAUGUCUGGUGAGGACCUGCCUUACAACAGGCCUACAAUCCCUCAGUCCAGCCUCUCUCAGCCUAUUGCGGACAGUCUGAGCACUGAUGGAGGGAUUGUGCGUUCCUGGUGUAACUCAGGCAGUUGUUGUUGCCAUCCUGUACCUGUCUCGCAGGUGUGAUGUUCGGAUGUACCGAUCCUGUGCAGGUGUUGUUACACGUGGUCUGCCACUGCGAGGCCGAUCAGCUGUCCGUCCUGUCUCCCUGUAGCGCUGUCUUAGGCGUCUCACAGUACGGACAUUGCAAUUUAUUGCCUUGGCCACAUCUGCAGUCCUCAUGCCUCCCUGCAGCAUGCCUUAGGCACUUUCACGCAGAUGAGCAGGGACCCUGGGCAUCUUUCUUUUGGUGUCUUUCAGAGUCAGUAGAAAGGCCUCUUUAAUGUCCUAAGUUUUCAUAACUGUGACCUUAAUUGCCUACCGUCUGUAAGCUGUUAGUGUCUUAACGACCGUUCCAAAGGUGCAUGUUCAUUAGUUGUUUAUGGUUCAUUGAACAAGCAUGGGAAACAGUGUUUAAACCCUUUACAAUUAAAGAUCUGUGAAGUUAUUUGGAUUUUUACAAAUUAUCUUUGAAAGACAUGUUCCUGAAAAAGGGACGUUUCUUUUUUAGCUGAGUUUAAAUACAGCUGCGGAAAAAAUUAAGAGACCACUGCAAAAUUAUCAGUUUCUCUGGUUUUACUAUUUAUAGUUAUGUCUUUGGGUAAAAAUAACAUUUUUGUUUUUAUUCUAUUAACUACUGACAACAUUUCUCCCAAAUUCCAAAUAAAAAAUAUUGUCAUUUAGAGCAUUUAUAUGCAGAAAAUGACAAUUGGUCAAAAGAACAAAAAAGAUGCAGUGUUGUCAGACCUCGAAUAAUGCAAAGAAAAUAAGUUCAUGUUAAUUUUUAAACAACACAAUACUAAUGUUUUAACUUAGGAAGAGUUCAGAAAUCAAUAUUUGGUGGAAUAACCCUGAUUUUCAAUCACAGCUUUCAUGCGUCUUGGCAUGCUCUACACCAGUCUUUCACAUUGAUGUUGGGUGACUUUAUGCCACUCCUGGCGCAAACAUUCAAGCAGCUCGGCUUUGUUUGAAGGCUUGUGACCAUCCAUCUUCCUCUUGAUUCCACAUUCCAGAAGUUUUCAAUGGGGUUCAGUUCUGGAGAUUGGGCUGGCCAUGACAGGGUCUUGAUCUAGUGGUCCUCCAUCCACACCUUGGUUGACCUGGCUGUGUGGCAUGGCGCAUUGUCCUGCUGGAAAAACAGAGUUGGGGAACAAUGUCAGAGCAAAAGGAAGCAAGUUUUCUUCCAGGACAACCUUGUUCGUGGCUUGAUUCAUGCGUCCUUCACAAAGACAAAUCUGCCCGAUUCCAGCCUUGCUGAAGCACCCCCAGAGCAUCACCGAUCCUCCACCAAAUUUCACAGUGGGUGCGAGACACUGUGGCUUGUAGGCCUCUCCAGGUCUCCUUCUAACCAUUAGACGACCAGGUGUUGGGCAAAGCUGAAAAUUGGACUCAUCAGAGAAAAUGACCUUACUCCAGUCCUCUAUGGUCCAAUCCUUAUGGUCUUUUGCAAACCUCAGCCUGGCUCUUCUUUGCUUCUCAUUGAUGAAGGGCUUUUUUCUAGCUUUGCACGACUUCAGCCCUGCCCCUAGGAGCCUGUUUCGAACCGUCCUCGGCGUGCACUUCACCCCAGCUGCCGUUUGCCAUUAUUUUUGUAGGUCACUUGAUGUCAUCCUACGGUUGUUGAGUGACAUUCGAAUGAGUUGGCGGUCAUCCCGGUCAGUAGUCGUUUUCGCCCUCUGCUUGUCUGUAGCUUUGUUGUCCCCAAUGUCUGUUGCUUCACCGGAUAGUGAUGACCACAGCAGUGGUUUUUAUACUUUUCCUCGGUAAAUAAGAUUAGGUUCAUGUGAUCACCUAAUCAGUACCCAAUUCAGUAGAAUGAGGUGUGCCUGUGUUGGAAUUCAACAGACACUGGAAUGGAAUGGCUGUCAUACAUGUAGAGAUGCUGAUUUAAGAAAAAUGUGCAGUGGUCUCUUAAUUUUUUCCACAGCUGUGUGUAUAUAGAUAUAUGUAUGUAUGUGUGUAACUAACUAAACAUAUCUCAUUAAUCAUCCAAAUACUGUAUCCCCUCCUCCAAUCACUUCUGAAAUCCUGUUUCCACUCCCGUCUCCUCUGUCGGCCCAGUACUCUGAAGCGAGGGCUAAAUGCUAUGGUGGAGGAGUCAACAAUGAAGAGGUCACGCACCUUCUCCAUCAGCUCUGUGAGCUGUGGCCUGACCCCCAGCGGCACCCUGGGCACGGUCCGCAACUCCAUCCUCAGCUCCCUCAGCUCCUCACAAGGCUUUGCUCAGGUACCUUUUAUAAUUGGGAUGGGCCGUACACCUCUGAUGGAUUCCUCUGUUUGGGAUCAACAGCCAGCAGUUCAGUUGACAGAGCUCACCAGGGUUUCCGUUAGCCGGUAAUUGCAGGUUUUUGGCAAUAAAUAAAUGACCAGCUAAUAAUUUGUUGCCGGCCAAAUUGACCAGGAGAAAAAACAAUUCCACUGCAAAAUAAUGCUUUUAAUUGAUAGAAAUACCAGUUGAUGGAAAUACAUUUGACAGUCAUGCUUAUCGGUAUAUAGGUUAAUUGGCAUAAUUUAGUGGAAUUAAAUUGGCUUGCUUGUAUUUUCGUUAGUCAUGUACAGUUGAAGUCGGAAGUUUACAUACACCAUAGCCAAAUACAUUUAAACUCAGUUUUUCACAAUUCCUGACAUUUAAUCCUAGUAACAAUUCCCUGUCUUAGGUCAGUUUGGAAUACCACUUUAUUUUAAGAAUGUGAAAUGUCAGAAUAAUAGUAGAGAGAAUGAUUUAUUUCAGCUUUUAUUUCUUUCAUCACAUUCCCAGUGAGUCAGAAGUUUACAUACACUCAAUUAGUAUUUGGUAGCAUUGCCUUUUAAAUUGUUUAACUUGGGUCAAACGUUUCGGGUAGUCUUCCACAAGCUUCCCACAAUAAGUUGGGUAAAUUUUGGCCCAUUCCUCCUGACAGAGCUGGUGUAACUGAGUCAGGUUUGUAGGCCUCCUUGCUCGCACACGCUUUUUCAGUUCUGCCUACAAAUGUUCUAUAGGAUUGAGGUCAGGGCUUUGUGAUGGCCACUCCAAUACCUUGACUUUGUUGUCCUUAAGCCAUUAAGCCACAACUUUGGAAGUAUGCUUGGGGUCAUUGUCCAUUUGGAAGACCCAUUUCGACCAAGCUUUAACUUCCUGACUGAUGUCUUGAGAUGUUGCUUCAAUAUUUCCACAUAAUUUUCCUUCCUCAUGAUGCCAUCUAUUUUGUGAAGUGCACCAGUCCCUCCUGCAGCAAAGCACACCCACAGCAAGAUGCUGCCACCCCCGUGCUUCACGGUUGGGAUGGUGUUCUUCGGCUUGCAAGCCCCCCCUUUUUCCUCCAAACAUAACAAUGGUCAUUAUAGCCAAACAGUUCUAUUUUUGUUUAAUCAGACCGGAUGACAUUUCUCCAAAAGGUACGAUCUUUGUCCCCAUGUGCAGUUGCAAACCGUAGUCUGGCUUUUUUAUAGCGGUUUUGGAGCAGUGGUUUCUUCCUUGCUGAGCGGCCUUUCAGGUUAUGUCGAUAUAGGACUCGUUUUACUGUAGAUAUAGAUACUUUUGUACCCGUUUCCUCCAGCAUCUUCACAAGGUCCUUUGCUGUUGUUCUGGGAUUGAUUUGCACUUUUCGCACCAAAGUACGUUCAUCUCUAGGAGACAGAACGUGUCUCCUUCCUGAGCGGUAUGACGGCUGCGUGGUCCCAUGGUGUUUAUACUUACGUACUAUUGUUUGUACAGAUGAACGUGGUACCUUCAGGCAUUUGGAAAUUGCUCCCAAGGAUGAACCAGACUUGUGGAGGUCUACAAUUUGUUUUGAUUUUCCCAUGAUGUCAAGCAAAGAGGCACUGAGUUUGAAGGUAGGCCUUGAAAUACAUCCACAGGUACACCUCCAAUUGACUCAAAUGAUGUCAAUUAGCCUAUCAGGAGGUUCUAAAGCCAUGACAUCAUUUUCUGGAAUUUUCCAAGCUGUUUAAAGGCACAGUCAACUUAGUGUAUGUAAACUUCUGACCCACUGGAAUUGUGAUACAGUGAAUUAUAAGUGAAAUAAUCUGUCUGUAAACAAUUGUUGGAAAAAUUACAUGUCAUGCACAAAGUAGAUGUCCUAACCGACUUGCCAAAACUAUAGUUUGUUAACAAGAAAUUUGUGGAGUGGUUGAAAAACGAGUUUUAAUGACUCCAACCUAAGUGUAUGUAAACUUCCGACUUCAACUUUAUGUUAUUUAUCACACGCACAACAAACCGUGCCUAUUUUGAGGGGAAUAUCACUUCAGACAGCGCUAGAGCUGUUUCUCAUAUAGCUUCUUCAGCCAUACCUCAGAAGACACAUAUGUAUGAUUGAUUAAGUAAUCAUUAUUUUUAAAAGCCGGCUGGUUUAAAACCCAAGUGAGAGCAAUUACAUUUCUCAGAUUUUCUGAUUUAUUUUUGCAAUAAACUAUUGUAAACAGUAAAACAUUGUUUUGCGCAGAAUCUGCGCUCAUAGGGGCUCGCAAAUAAAUUAUAUAUUGGCUAUGUUGACGCGCGGCAUCAUGGGAUAUCAAAGUCCUCCGGCGGUGCUGCCAUGUCUCCAAGAGAGAAGCAGUUCAUAGCACAGAACACGAGAGAGAUCAGAGCUAUCACAAUAUUCUGUCAAUAUUAGUUCUCUAUUAUAUUCCAACCUUUCUUUAUAUAGCUUUUUUUUUUUUUCUUGGAGUUUGUUGCGUUGACUGUUAUCACAGCGGAGUAACUCUCUGCGUUAGGUUAGGCCCUCAUCUAAUACAUUUGACCGUCAUGCAUAUCGGUCUAUAAGUUAAUUUGCGUAAUUUAUUGUAAUGAAAUUGUCUUGUAUCUUAUUUUUCACACACGCACAACAGAUGGAGCCUAUUUUGAGAGGAAUAUCACCUCAGACAGAGCUAGAGCUGCUGCAGCUCCUCAGCUCAUUGCUACUGGAGUGAAACGUGCAGUCAUUGCUACUGGAGUGAAACGUGCAGUCAUUGCUACUGGAGUGAAACGUGCAGUCAUUGUGCAACAAUUCUAAAUGCAAUCGCAUGUUAACUGUUUUGAUGGCCACGAUUUAAAAGGAGUUAUAGUUUUUUCUUAACUGGUAAUUGAAGCACGCUUCCCAUUCACCUUUCAAGUGCAUUGGCAACGGUAGGCAGGAUAUCAGCACGACAACCACCACUUUGCAAUGUUAGCUGGAGGAAGUAGGCUAUUUAUUUUGAAAACAUAUACAUAUUAUGAGGCGUGUCUUACCUUAAUUCAAAGAAUAGGCAAAAUCCGCCCAUACAAACGUGGAGGCAAUUAUUUUAUAGACUUCCUCAUAUGCCAUUGAAACCAUUAUUUCUCUCCUGUUCUAUUGGUUUUCAUAACAACUUUCUUUCGUUGUCCAGAAGACAAAGGCACAAUCCUAGUCAUAUUAGCAACCGUCAUAGUGCAUCUUUAGAUUCCUCCUCUUUCUAAGUUUCUAAUGGAGAUUUUAAUCUCUGUCACAUAUGGAACUGCUCCCAUCAGGUGCGCUGUUUAGAAUGGUGUUUUCCUGCUAAUUGCAUUUUGGCAAGUGUUUGAAAAUGAUGUUUUAUUGGCUGCUUUAUUACAUGAGUUGCAUGUUCUAUUAAGAUGAAUUACCAUAAUCUAAAUGUGAUUUCUGUCAUUCUGAGCACUGUGGGUGGACACCCUAAUGGGUUAUGCACCCAAUGCAUAUGGGUCCGGUAAAUUUAAAUCUUCCCGGUGACGUUGUCCGCCGCCACAUUUUCCUAAUGGAAACCCUGGAGCUGACCUACACUGAGCUGUAUUGUGUCAGAAAACCGGGGUGAGUGCUAACCUAAACCUAAUUUUCACGUUUGUUUUAAAGCGGAAAAAAGCCUCCACCCGCAGCCUCUCCCCGCUCUCCAGCCCAGGGUCGUCCCGGUCCCAGACCCCAGAGAGAGCCUCUAAAAAGCCCAGGUAUUCACCCUUCCUCCUUCUAGACAACAUUUCUAAGUUAGAGCUGCCAUGGCUGCUAGCAGUGUGUGACCUUGUUUUUUCUGUAUGUCAGGGAAGAGGAUGCUCGCUCGCCCAGCUCUGCGUCCUCGGCGAGGUCUGACAAGACGUUGACAGACCCAGCACCCACCACUGGUUAGAACAUGUUUGUGAUGCGUAUUUCAGAUCAGGCUCAGGGCUUUAGUCAUGUCCCAAAAGAGAAUUACAUUUUGAUUUAAAAUAACUGUAGCCACCACAUUAAGUCAAUGCGCUGUAUGACCUGUUACAGGGAAGCUGACUCCAGCCCCUGAAGUCCCUGUGGCUUCAGCCUCGUCAGACUCUGCCGGUAGCGGGAAACGGAAACGCAAGAUUCCGCUGGUGUCCAGCCGUAGAGGAGACCAAAUCUCUCUGGUGAGCAAUACUGCAUAAUAGAACAUGUACUCAAAUGGGACAUGUGGCUAAUCAUCUGACAGACAGGGAAUCUUAACAUUGAUGUUGUCUCUGCAGCCGCCACCUCCUGAGCUGGGCUACACAAUCACGGUGAAAGACCUGGAUCAGGAGAAGAAAGCCGCUCUCAGCCAGAUCAACACAGUCCUCGAAGAGCCUGGUGAGUAUUCCCAAAUCACGACUUUUAUAAACCAGUGUCACACAAAAAAAGAAUACGAUAUUGAUUUGGGGCCAUUUUUUAGUUCCAGAGCCAGAGAAGCCUGCGCCAGCUCCAGUAGUGACCACAUCUUCUAAGCCUCCCGUGUCAAACGACCCCACACCCACCCUGGCCACCCUGCUGGCCAGCCAUCUUCCCGUAUCAACACCUUCCAGUGUGGCUGCUCCUAUCCCUGUCAUCAACCUGGACCCCGUCCCCUCAAGCACCGUCAGCACGGCCCCAACCUCCACAGCCUCCCCCGUCACCACCACAACCCCCGCAGCCAACCCCCUCCUGGAGUCUCUGAAAAUGAUGAGGAACAACCCCCUCACCAGUACUGCUGCUGCCAAUACUACAGGUCUGUUAAUCACAUAUCAAAAAUGUAAAGUUGCAAGCCACUUUGUUUGGUGGUUGCCGUUGAGUGAUGAUUGUUAGUUUUAUCUGAGUUGUUACUCAAAAGCCUAUUUUUCUCUUGUUUUCCCUCCCGCUCCGGCUGUCUCCUUGGUGACAGCGGUGACGACCCCUGCACCACUGGUGCCUGCAGAGCAGAAGUCGAAAACUAGCUUGACUGCUCCUCAGCCCACACCAGCCUCCCUCUCCCAGCCUGCACUACCCUCCCUCUCCCAGCCUGCCAGCACCAUGCCCUCUGCCUUCACCCAGGUGCUGAGCCAAGUCACCAAGGCCCCCAGCAGUGUCCCCACCCUGGGUGGAGCUAGCCUGUUUGGACUGGCCAAUCCACUGACCGCCCUGUCCUCCUCACCGGCCCCCACCACCACCUCAACCGCCACCACAGAAGCAACCAGUAGUAAUAAUCCCCUCCUGGCCUCUGUGUUCAAGCCCAUCUUCGGGGCUGCGGCCCCAGCCUCAGCCCCAGAGGGCACACCUGCUCUUCCCACCUUUAAACCCAUAUUUGGAAGCGCCACAGCCACCAGUGCUUUUGGACAGCCAGCCUCCACCUCAGCUCCCUCCAAAGCCAGCGCGUCUGCCUUAGUGUUCAGCGGGCUAACCAACAUUAGUACGGUGGCCCCAGCCGCCUCCCUGUUCACUGGGCUGUCCAACAGCACCGCUCCAGCUCCAGCCCCCUCCACCGAACCAGCCGCCUCGCCAUCUGUCAAGUCUCUGUUUGGAAACUGGAGUGCGCUGCCUGCAACGACCGCUGCCACAACCACUGCCCCUGCCACAGGAAGUACCUUCCAGUUCGGCGCCGCCUCCACCACAACUCCUGCACCCACCCUCCGCUCCACCGCAGCCACUACCACUAACAACAGCGGCUUUUCGUUUGGUGCGAUGACCACCGCCUCUGCCGCCACUCAACCUGCCCCCUCAGCCACCGCCCAGGGGGGAUUCACCUUUGGCCAGGCUGCAGCCACCCAGAACUCUACCACCGCAUCCUUCAGUGGCUUUGGCAUGGCCACUGCAGCCACUGCUACUGCUGCCGCACCUGCAAGCCAGUCCACGUUCACGUUUGGGAAGUCGUCGUUCGAAGCUCCGGCGGCAUCAGCGUUCCCCAGUGCGACUCAGGCCCCGGCUGCUCCUGCGGCAGCUAAUCCUUUCACAUUUGGGUCAGCUGCAGCUGGGGCCACCCCAGCCCCUGCCCCCUUUGCUUUUGGCGCGGCUGCCACUACAGUGGCCUCUACCUUUGGGACCACCACUAAGCUGGCAUUUGGAGGCAACUCCACAGGUUUUGCAUUUGGCAACACCACGGGUUCCCCGGCCACCCCAGCAGCCCCUGCCUUUGGCUCUGCCACCCAGACUGUCGGCACACUCCCAGCCUCCGCCCCAACCUUCUCAUUUGGUGGUGUGUCCACACAGCAGGCCCCUGCUACCCCUGCCCAGCCAGCCACCGGAGGAUUCAACUUCGGCGCGGCCAUUUCAGGCACUCAGUUUGGAACCCCUAACCCCACAACACAGACGCCAGGCUUCAACUUCGGGGCUGCUGCUAGUGACAAGCCAGCCUUUGGUUAGUAUAUCUAGUAUAAUAAAAGACCCACUCUUUUACUGAUUUUGAUUUCAUCCAUGCCACACAAUUACAAAUGUUUAUCAAUUCUGCAUUUGGUGGCAGAAGUAGCAUUUUAAAUUUUUUGCCAAUUCAUAGGGCCAGUUCAAACCAAAGUUUGAUGUCUUUUAUUCUAGUUCCUAAUUGUUCAUUUAUUGCUGUCACAUGUACAGGGACAUCUACCCCUGCUUUUGGCCAGAGCACAGCAGCAGGUCCUGUCCCCUUUGGAAGCCCAGGAACUCCAGUCCAAGGAUUCAGUGCUAUGGCAUCCUCACCAUUCGGUAAGAAAAUUCUGAUUCUCCCGCCUUCUGCCUGAAGUGUGCAGCAAAAAGCAUGUGCUGUGUGUUUCUUCCUAGGGUUGUGACGGUCUUGGAAUUUGAGGUUACGGUAAUUGGCCAGUACACUGACACCAACAUAACUGUUCUGGGGGGGGGAUUUCAUUAUUAUUAUUCAGGUUAUUAUUUAUAAAUAUUAAGAAAUACCAGUUUGGAGAGGAUCUGUCGUAUUGACACAACAUUAAUGGAGUCAAAAUAAAGAUGUAUGCCUAACUUGUCCUUGUCUGUUGGCUUUUCUGCAUAAAAUACAGAUCCUAUUUCGACGCAGAGAACCAUUCAAACGAAGUUCGAUGGGUUUUCUCCCAUUUUUCCCAAAAUAUUCGCAUAACGUCACAAACCCUGCUGCUGCGGUCAUUCAAUGGCAUUGGCAUAUGUUCUUCAACGAGAGGAUGCCGUAAUGAGUGUUUGAAUCUUAUUAGAGAUGGAGUCCAGACAGGCUACUUUAGGAAACUUUCUGAAUGGACAUACAUUACAUGAACAAAAGUAUGUGGACACCUGCUCGUCAAAGAUUUUAUUCCAAAAUCAUGGCCAUUAAUAUGGAGUUGGUCCCCCCCUUAGCUGCUAUAACAGCCUCCACUCUUCUGGGAAGGCUUUCCACUAGAUGUUGGAACAUUGCUGCGGGGACUUGCUUCCAUUCAGCCUCGAGCAUUAGUGAGGUUGGGCACUAAUGUUGGGCAAUUAGGCCUGAUUCGCAGUCGGCGUUCCAAUUCAUCCCGAAGUUGCUCGAUGGGGUUGAGGUCAGGGCUCUGUGCAGGCCAGUCAAGUUCUUCCACACCGAUCUCGACAAACCAUUUCUGUAUGGACCCCGUUUAGUGCACGGGAUGUUGUCAUGCUGAAACAGGAAAGGGCCUUCCCCAAACUGUUGCCACAAAGUUGGUAGCACAGAAUCUUCUAGUAUGUCAUUGUGGACUGCGAUUUCACCCAACUACCUCAUUCCCAUAUUGUUAUUUAUUUUGCUAAUUUGCACCCCAGUAUCUCUAUUUGCACAUCAUCUUUUGCACAUCUAUCAUUCCAGUGUUAAUACGAAUUUGUAACUAUUUUGCACUAUAGCCUAUUUAUUGCCUUACCUACAUAACUUACUACAUUCGCACACACUGUAUAUAUAUUUUCUGUUUGUAUUUUUGACUUUGUUUUGUUUACCCCAUAUGUAACUCUGUGUUGUUGUUUUUAUCGCACUGCUUUGCUUUAUCUUGGCCAGGUCGCAGUUGUAAAUGAGAACUUGUUCUCAACUGGCUUACCUGGUUAAAUAAAGGUGCUUUAAAAAAAAAAAAAUUAUGCUGUAGCAUUAAGAUUCCCCUUCACUGGAACUAAGGGGCCUAGCCUAAACCAUGGAAAACAGCCCCAGACCAUUAUUCCUUUUCCACCAAACUUUACAGCUGGCACUAUGCAUUGGGGCAGGUAGCGUUCUCCUGGCAUACGCCAAACCCAGAUUUGUCCGUCGGACUGCCAGAUGGUGAAGCGUGAUUCAUCACGCCAGAUAACGCAUUUCCACUGCUCCAGAGUCCAAUGGUGGCGAGCUUUACACCACUCCAGCCAACGCUUGGCAUUGCGCAUGGUGAUCUUAGGCUGCUCGGCCAUGGAAACCCGUUUCAUGAAGCUCCUGACUAACAGUUUUUGGGAUGACGUUGCUUCCAGAGGCAGUUUGGAACUCAGUAGUGAGUGUUGCAACCGAGGACAGAUGAUUUUUUACACGCAUCAGCACUCAGCGGUCCCGUUCUGUGAGCUUGUGUGGCCUCCCACUUCGCGGCUGAGCCGUUGUUGCUCCUAGAUGUUUCCACUUCACAAUAACAGCCCUUACAGUUGACCGGGGCAGCUCUAGCAGGGCAGAAAUUUGACGAACUGACUUGUUGGAAAGGUGGCAUGUUGAAAGUCACAGAGCUCUUCACUAAGGCCAUUCUACUGUCAAUGUUUAGCUAUGGAGAUUGCAUGGCUGUGUGCUCGAUUUUAUACACCUGUCAGCAACAGGUGUGGCUGAAAUCGCAGAGUCCACAUACUUUUGUGUAUAUAUAUAGUGUAUAGGCCUAUAGAGAGAAUCAGCGAACUCACACACGCACAGCCCUGUAAAUGCACCCAUCAAUCAAAGCCACCAGCGUAUGUCAGACACUAGCAAAUAUUUAUCCUUUCCUUAAAAUGUAAGAAAAAAACCUAGGCUUUCCGAAAGUAGGCUAUAAGAUAAUUUAUUGACAAGGAAAGUAUAUAGGGGACAGAAUUUAAUGUAACCAAAUGACAGGGAUUAACGAUAAAUUGCCUGUUUUUUCAAACGGUAGGCUACCACUUGGCAUUCAUAAAAGUGCAUUGCGGGCCAACACUGUAUAGCCUAGGCUACUAUUCUACUUUGUGGGGAUAGGAGGGCGGCAAUUUAUUUGGUCUCGCCUAGGGCGGCAUAUCGGCCUGAUCAGCGUUAAGUAGUGUAUAAAUUAAGAAAAUAUUCCUUAUCAAAUUAUACAAUACCAGGUUGGAGAGGAUUGGCGCAUUGUCCAUUUGACACAUUAGCACAUUAUAGGCCUCAUAGGCAGAACAACCUUGUCGACUGCUGUUGAAUAGUCACACAUCCAACCUUUUUUUUUGAAAAUCGAUUUAUUUGUUUACUAGCAAGCAAUGGAAACGUGCAUUGUAUAAAAGAAAGUCCACAUGUCAAACGAUUUUUAUACUGAAGUGCCAAAGCCUGUAGUGCUCUACACCCCCGCGCUUCUAGUGGAUUAGCUGCUCGAGCGUCAAAGGAAAGUUGGAAAGAGACGGAGUUAGCAAAACAAUUGCUUAUCAUUAGUGAACACUCCCACUAUUAGGUAAAGUUUAUCUACAUGAAAAUAAAGUUAAGAAUUUUUUUUAAAAUCCUAAAAUGAAUGUAGGCCUAUUUAAACGGUUUUGACGGUUAUUUUAUUUUCAUGAUGGUCUUCCAUAACCGUGAGUUACACGGUUAUUCAAUUACCAUCACAUCUGUAUUUCUUUCUGACUCUGAAGCUGUGAUUUUUGUAUUGACACACAAACUCCUCUCUUGUUCUUUGUGACCAGGCUCUCCAUCAGCUCCUUCGUUCUCCAUCGGCGCUGGCUCCAAGACAUCAGGGGCGCGCCAGAGGCUACAGGCCCGAAGGCAGCACCCCAGGAAGAAGUAG